AUACCCUUCCACAUUUAUAUACGUUUUUUGGAAAUUUCAACAUUUCCAUUAUUCCUUGGAUGAUAAACACGAAAAGGGUGUUAAAGAAGGUAUUUUGAACUAUACUUAAAGAACUACCAAUAACAAGUCCGACUUUGGCGUCACAGUUAAAACAACAAAAACACAAGCUAAUGUGACUUACCAGAUCAGGAUGCAUAACAACCGCCUCUACUGUAUAUAGAGAAGCACCGUGUCACACAGUGAGAUGGACUGGCAGCUUUCAGAUAUGACGGUCAACACCCAUCAGAAAUUUACUGAGCCUUAAAACACACAACCUGAAGGAAUGCAAGAAUGAUUCUGUGUAAUGUCAAUGUAAACUUUUGAAGAUGGCGAAGAGUAAUGUUCCUUUGGACGAGCUUCAAGUGACAGAAAGAGAUCCGCGAACAGGAAAGGAAAUUUCACAGCCGGCUUUGCACCCAAACAGGUGUGAAGAUCGUUGUUUUGUGCUAUAUAAGCCACCUUCACAAGAUGGCUCACCAGCCGAUGUAGAAGAAUACCUGGAACUGGCUCAGUUUAUUGCUGAGGAUUUGGAUUGGGUUUUGUCCCUGCCACAUGAUAAAUUUUGGUGCCAGGUGGUGUUUGACGAGUCUCUACAGAAAUGUCUGGAAUCAUACCUUCGUCUGGCACCCCGUGGUUUUGACAGUGACAUGACAACAUCGCCAGCGGUUAGUGACAUGCAGAAGCAUCUUCAUCGCAGUGUCUUCUUCACAUUUCUCCGAAUGGCAACUCAUAAAGAGUCUAAGGAUCAUUUCAUUACUCCUGCUGUAUUUGGAGAAAUUAUAUACAACAAUUUUCUUUUUGAUAUCCCUAAAAUCUUAGAUCUGUGUGUGUUAUAUGGGAAAGGAAAUGGUCCUCUUUUACACAAAAUGAUUGAAAAUAUCUUUUCGCAACAGGAAGCUUACUAUAGUGAUCUGGAUGAAACUAUCCCUACUGUGCUUCAGGUGCUAGAUAACAUUCUUAAGAAAUGUGGCUUGCAAAUGGAUGGGGCCUUUACAGGAGAGCCUCAGAAACUUGGGGUACAGGGCGCUCCCUCUCUUAUGGAUAUCAGUUUAAUGGAUUUUGUGGACGUGGUGCAAUUCUUGUGUGAUACAUGUACCACCCUUUGUUCAUUCCUUGAUAUUUUCCCAACAGCCUGCAAAACUUUUCAAAAUCACAAAUUUCUUACCAGGCUGGCUUGUUUCUAUGAGAUACUUGUUCCUGAGCUUGAGACAGCUAUCAGGAGAAGAACAUCUGAAGAUAAGAGAAUUCAGGAGGAUUUAUGGACAAGACUUUGCCAUUCACAAAAGAAGAUGAUUGAAAUCGCACAUUUUCUUAUCAACUAUUGCUGUUUGCAGCCCAUUCUGGAAAGCAGCAGCUCAGAGAAUAUCAAUCUAUUUGUGGAAGAUUUCCUGCAGAUUUUUACAACACUUAUUCAGGAAAAAAGGUUUCUUGCAGACUAUGAUGAACAGUUUCCUGUAGCAGAUGAUAUCAGCUUAUUACAGCAAGUUUCUCCGUUCCUUGAUGACACUAGAACUUCGUACAUCCUCCAAGGUGUUGAAUCUGCCUGGGAAGGGUUGGGCAGGAAAAAGCAUGGUGUCCCCACAACCCACACAUCUCAUCCUGAGCCACACAAACUUGAGGCUGAAGGUGCUGUGGGCGGAUCAGAGGCACAACCUCAGAGGGAAAUCAAUAAAAACACUUCAAAGCCAUCACAAGUCUCGGUAAGUUCUGGGGAACUGGAAUCGUUAAUAUUCCAGGUCCAAGACCUGCUCCCUGAUCUGGGGGAAGGGUUCAUCAUGGCCUGCUUGGAGGAGUAUGCCUUUGAUUCAGAGGUUGUCAUCAACAACAUCCUGGAAAGCAAACUGUUGCCAAACCUGGAGAAGCUGGACCGCACUCUGCCGAGGCCUAAAAAAGAAGUUUCAACAGUACUCAGCUCCAGGUGUAAUAUUUUUGAUGACGACGAGUUUGACGUGUUUAACCGGGAUCACGUUGACACGUCUUGCAUCUGGAAAGGAAAAAGACAAAGGGGAAGUGCCCGUGCCUUAGUAAAUGAUAAGCAGCAUGUCAAAGAGCAGAAAGAAAGAUACAAAUCUUAUGAAGUGGUGGUGGAGGAAAUUCCUGUCGGUGAAGGCAGCAGAGAUGGUUUCUACACGGACAACUAUGAUGAUGAGUAUGAUGACACAUAUGAUGCCAACCAGGUCGGUGCCAACGAUCAGGAUGACGACACUGAGCUUCUUAGUCGCAGACCUUUUACCACUCCCUUGAUCCUGUCUACCAAGAAUAAACAAGAGCUAGAGAACGAGCGAGAUGACAAUGAAGAUGACGACUACAAAGAAGAAGAGAAGAAUAACGGCCCAAUGCGAGAUCUGUUCAUUCAGGACCCUGCUGUUCUCCGUGAACAGGCAGAAGCUAGAAGAGCUGCCCAGUACCACAGAAGAGGGUUUAAACCAGACAGUUCUGCGAAUGUGACCGGUGCACCACGAGGACGCGGUCAAAGUAAAGAAACGGUGCAGGAGCGCCGCAAGAAGGAAAGCCACAAGUCAACCCGUGCCAAUCACAACCGAAGGGCGAUGGCAGAUAGGAAGAGAAACAAGGGCAUGAUCCCCUCGUGAUGUGGACUUUUACAUGAAUGCGCAUAGGAAAAAGAUGUGGUGAUGAGCACAUAAUCACCGCAUGGCUGCACUAAAAAAAAAAAAAGGACUAUUUUCAUAAAAAUGUUUACUUAAUUUAAAAUUCCAGGAUAAACACAAAAAGUGUGGGGAGCACACUGACCAUAGGACAUGUCAAGCAGUUCAGGAAUGCAAUGAAUGGAAAUAUACCUCAGUUUCAAGCUGAAAAUCCACUUUUCAUUUUCAACCGGCCCAGUACCAACAUGGCAUCAAAUGUAGCGAGUAAGCAACCAUCUUCUGUCCCAUUUCAGAAGACACAGGACGUUCACCGUUAGCUGUAGCCCUUUAAACCCAACGACCCCACCGUCACAAAAGCAGCCUGGCACUGCUGUGGUCAACCUGUAGGGUUAUCUGUUGACAGAAACUAAGGAACCAAGUUUACAUUGGAAGGACAUUUUACUUUUCUGUGUAAUUAGAAGCUCAAAUUUAAAAAUUAUUUUCAGCAUCAACAAUGUAAUUUCUGUACAAAAUAGAUUUCAAUUUUACAA